CGCCAUGGAGGAGUUCCUGCAGCGCGCCCAGGCCAAGCUGAACAAGAGCAAAUGCCUGGAGAAAGUCCAUGUUGUUCUUGGAAAUAAAUCCUGUGAUUUGGAUUCGCUCAUUUCUGCUCUGGCCUACGCCUACUUUCUAGACAAGGUUAGUCCUCCUGAUGUUCUUUGCUUACCGGUGUUGAACAUACCACGAAGAGAUUUUAGCUACUUCACAGAGACAAGAUUUAUAUUGGAGGAGCUGAAUAUCCCGGAGUCAUUCCAUAUCUUCCGAGAUGAAAUCAAUUUGCACCAGCUGAAUGCUGAAGGGAAAUUGUCUUUAACACUUGUAAACAGCAACAUGCUGACAAGUGAGGAUAAAAGUUUGGAAUCAGCUGUUGUCAAAGUCAUCAAUCCAGAUGAGCAAUGUGGUGGCAGCCUGGAGUUAGAAGCGUCUUCUUCCUCUGUAGUAGUAAAAGAGAUUCUUCAAGAGGCACCAGAGUUAAUCACUCAGCAACUGGCUUAUCUCCUCAGAGGGAGCAUUCUCUUCAAAUGCAUGUCUUUGGAGGCUGACAGAAUUACUGAGCAGCAGGAGAAAGUACUGUCCAAUCCUGGAGGAAAAGUUUCCAGAUCUCCCCCACGAGAGGAAAUUAUCUCUGUUCUCCAGGAGACUCAGUUUCACCCACAAGGUGUAAGUAUUGAGGACAUUAUGCUGAAGGAUCUCAAGAUUUCAGAUGGAGAAAUCAAAGUAGCAAUUAGCACUGUGUACUUGACACUGGAGGACUGCAUAUUACACAGGAGUCUUGUUGGUGAUCUGAAAGCAUUUGUAGAGAAAUACGGGUUUGACGUACUUGUCAUUUUGGCCAACUGUUUGUCAGAUGAGAAGCAAACAAAACGACAAAUAGCAGUAUACUCUGAAAACUUAGAGCUAAGCAAUCAAAUCUGCUGUGAAUUAGAAGAAUGUCAGAAUCCUUGUUUGGAGCUGGAUCCUCUAGAAUGUGGAUGUGACCAAAUUAUCAUUUAUCAUCAUGAAAAUUCUUUGGUGACUUGCGAUCAAAUUUUUCUUCUACUUAAGGAAGUCAUAAAUAGAAGACAACCAGAAAUGGUAUCUAACAGUAGAACUUCUUCUACUGAAGCUGUUGCUGGAAGUGCUCCACUUUCACAAGGAUCUUCUGGUAUUAUGGAGUUAUAUGGUUCUGAUGUAGAACCACAGCCCAGUUCUGCAAAUUUCAUAGAAAAUCCUCAAGAUCUAAAUGGAUCUAUGCAAGCCCACAUUGACGUUAAUGUAGACCUUGUGAGUCCAGACAGUGGAUUGGCUACCAUUAGAAGCAGCCGAUCUUCAAAGGAGAGUUCUGUUUUCCUUAGUGAUGAUAGCCCUGUUGCAGAAGGUGCUGCUUCCCAUCACAGUCUUCUGCCUGGCUUUGAUUCCUGUAGCCCUAUUCCUGAAGGAGUAAUAGCUGAAGAACAAAGCCCUCAGUCUAGAGGCAAUAAUGAUAACUUUGAUCUUUUCAAUUUUGAUCUAGCACCUGCAGUUACAGCUCCAUCCGAGUCAUCUUCUCGUUCUGUUGAUUGUUCCCCAGCAGACGACUAUUUCCUUAAUAGUGAUUCCUCAGAAGGACAACAACUCACCGUGCAGAAAGAACUUGAUGAGGCAAACCUGCUGGAAAAUGUUACAGCAAAUUAUUCAACUGACUUAGUUACGACAACAAGUGAGGAAGACAAUUUAGCUGAAUUUGAUGAGAAUCCAGGAGAAAUAUGUGAGAAAACUUCAGGUUUGAUUGAUUUAGCUGAAGGUGAUUCCUCUUCACCAGAAAUUUUGAAAUCUGCUGAUUCAAGAAUUCCACCAACUCCUAUGAACAGUCUUGUAGAAACUUCACCAUUAGAUAAUGGGCAGCCUUUAUUUUUCCCACAAGAUGUCAUUAAAAAAAUUAGUGAAAUAGAUGGCACAAAUUAUUCUCCGUCUCAUGUUAGAUAUGGGAGCUGGUGGGAUGGCUUUGACCUGGAGUCCAGAAAUGCUGAUACAUGGAGUUCAAGUGAGCAGGAAUCUGUAUUUCAGAGCCCCGUCUUAUGGAAAGAUUGUAAAGAAAGUCCCUCGCUACGAGAACAUAUUGAUAGAAGAGCCUCAGAUUCUGUAUUCCUCCAAAAACAGCCAAAGCAAAUGCAAUACAUGAGAGCAGGACUGUGGGAUAAUCAGUUUAAGCAAGAUAAUUGGAACGAUGAGAUGCAACAGAAAAACGGUGAACAUUCACAUUUGCAAACUGCAUCUUUAGAGGAGACAAAGCAAGAACCAGAGAGCUUUACCUUCCCAUGGAAGGUGAGUCAGCCAACACCUGUGAUGUCAGAUGCAUGGUGUAGUGGUGGAGGGAAAAGUAGUCAGCUAGCUGGAGACUCUUACGAAGCCUGGGCUAAGUUUGGUGCAGGAGGUAUUGCUAGAGCCUCAGAAAACUUAUGGAACAUGCCCAAAAUGGAUAGAGAAGAAAAAUCAGUGAAUAUUCCUGAGGAAUGGGCCCUAUCAAAAACUACUUUAUCAGAUUCUUCAGAAAUCACAGUGGACAAUGAGACUGAAAAUCCACCUAUCCAGAUAUCUCCAGAAGCCUGGGAUAAAGAAAGAUACUAUUCAGUAGAAGAAUAUGGAAAACCUGAAAAUACAAAUUCUGUUUUCAACAAUCUGCAAAAUAAUUCCAAGCUGCAAACAGAGGAAAAAGCUGUUUUUGGUGACCCUAAACAUAGACCAAAACAAUUUGAAAAUAUAGACACCUGGAAUAUGUAUGAUAAAAACAUCAGGAAGGAAGUAACAGGAGUGGUAGUGCCAUGGGCGGAUAACUUCUUGUAUAAACACUCAGAUCUUCGUUCAUCAAACAUAGGUGAAGAUAUAGUUGUUUCUCCACCAGACACCAAUUACUCAACAUCUGAUUCAUAUGUAUCACCUACGUAUGUGGAAGAUGAAAGAGAAAAUGAGGACAAAGAUUUUGACAAAGAAACAGUUAUUGGUAAAUUGGUAAGCCCAAAUUUGACUGAGUCAGAAGUACUUGAGAAAGGAAAUAAGGAACCAUUAUGUCCCAGAAACAUGCCUUUUUCAAGCAGUGAAAACACGGACAUCUGGAACACUCCCCUAAAUAAUGUCACCCAGUUACAAGAACGAAAUUCUGAAAUUGCUGCUCUUUCUGCCUCUGCUAAAUCUUUUCUUAAUUCAGAACAAACAGCUAAUCAGUGUUUUUCAACUGACAUACAUACCAGUGAAAAUAAUUUUCCUGUAUCUGAAAACAAAAGGGUAACACCGGUAUACAAUCAGACCGUGAAUGACUUAUCACCACCACAGAACGAAUUAAAUACUGGACAGACUGCAGCUGAAAAUGUAGAAACAGUGAGCAGUGUCCGUAUAGAAGACACAGACACAUCUAUGCCAACUUCAGACACUGGGAAUGGUUUGGAUCUGAAAAUAUGUGACUUAGGGAGUGAGAUACUUAGUAAAAAGGCAGCACAAAAUGCUGCUGAUGUUGAUGAAAUGCUGGAUAGUCAGGAUUCAGUGCAGCAGCUGAACUCAUGGAGUUUACAGAGAGCGCAGGGUUGUGAGGAAGACUGGGACAAUGCCAUUGUCAUAUCUCAGGAAGGAAAAGAGGAAUAUAAGAAUACAGAUGAGACAAGUGGACAGCAAAUGAUUAGUGACAUUUGUCAUAAACCAGUGCAGGAGAACAGUGAAUCUUCCUGUAAUGCAGACUUGGAAGAAAACAGGCCAACAACUGAAGUUCCCAGCUCCCCAGAAAAAAUGAGGAAUAGUAUUAGUUUGGAUGCGUUAGUCUUAGUCAAAGAGAAUGGGUUAUUUUCCAAUCAAAGUAAUCCAGAUAGUCAAGAAGAAAGGAAAGACUUGUUGCAGAAUAAUGUAGAAUCUUCCUCAAGUGUUUCUGAGGAAGGCAGAGAUUAUGAAUCUUUUGAUGACCCCAGAGCAGAAAAUUGCAAUUAUAGUGAAACAUCACAGCUGCUUGCUGAGAAAGCUGAAAAGGAGACUACAGUGAUAGAGGAUGCAACAAGUCCGGAGAUGGAAAGUAUCUCUGAAAGUUCUGAUAAGGGUAGUGAUAAUCUUGAAAUUAAUUCUUCUAAAAUGCCUGGAAGCUCAGGCAUCUGGAAUGGCUCUGGAGAGAGUGGCGGUUGCCAGGCCACUUCAAUUCCUUUGAUGAAUGAACCACAAGAAGCACUGGGAGAAGUGAAAGAGGGCUUACAUGGAGUGGUUCCUAACCAUACUGAGUUAGUAUCUUUCAAAAAUAGCUCAGAACUGAAUAGAACUUAUGGAAAGUCUUUCACAGAUGAGUUUAAGAAGAGUCCUUCUUCUGGGUAUGUCAGUGUUCCUGACAUUACAGAUACGUCUUUGGUGGAAAAUUCAUUUUCACAUGAAAUAGAUUCUGGGAGGAAUGAAAACUCUGAAAAUUUAGAACUUGCUAGUAAUCUUUGUGGAGAGCCAUGUGUAAUGCUUAAUGACAGUUCUCCCCAAGCUGCUUGGAAUUCACAGCCAUGUGAAGAUUUGCAGUCUCCUGGAACAAGUCCUGACGCAAGUGAAGCCCUUGAAAUGGCAAACACCACAAGUAGCCUUUCAAAGGAUAUACAGAUCAAAAGUUAUUUGGAAGAAGAUAAUGUGUGGAGUGAUUCAGUAAAUGAUUAUGCACACUCAAGUGGAACAAGUCCUGAUUUAAGUGAUGCAUCUGUGAAUGUGUGGGGAGACCUUCCAGUUCCCAGUCUUCACAAAGAAAGUAGGAGUAUGUGGGAGUUCAAAAAUAACAAAAAUCUUGAAGAUGCUUCUAAAAGGAAUGAAUUUGUCAGUGAAUGUGAAGAAGGAUUUGAAACAAGCACCAAGCAGAACAAAAUUCCUAAAAGCUUAGAUUUUUGGAAUGCCCAUGUAGAUGAUGAUACUGUAUCUUCUUUAUCAAGUCCUGACAUAAAUGAGGAUUCAGAGACUUCAGAGGCAUGUCCAGAACUGAGUCAUGAAGAUUCCAUGUAUGAAAACAAACAGCACAAAGCAUCUGAAAUUAGAGACAAUUAUGCUCCAUCCAAUGCAACAAGUCCUGAAGCAAACGAAGACAAUACAGAUGCAAAAACUAAGGUGGGAGAGGAGGUUCAGGUAGGCAUCUUCAAUGAAAAUCCUGAAACAAUUAAAGCUAGGAAAGUAUUGCAGGAAGACUUGACUCCUGAACAUUUAGGUCACUGGGAAACACUUCAGAAAAAAGAUCAAAUGAGUAUUUUCAGUGAAAAAACAGGUAGUGGAGAAGACUCGUAUUUGUAUCAAAUUAAUGAAGAUACUACACCGACUUCUGCUGUUCGUGAUAAAGAAGAGUAUUCAAAAGCUGUAGAGAUGUGGAAUAUGUCAUUGGAAACUGAUUUAAGAACUGAUCCAAAAUCCACAGUAGGAACAUUUGGUUUUCCAGAUGACAGUUCGGAAUGGUGGAAUUCACAACCUGGUGAAGAAAAGCAAUUGGAAGAUCAAUAUUCCGUUUCAAGUCACUCUGCAACAAACCAGUUAAUAUAUAGUAAGGACCCCUGGGGAUCACCUUCACACAUUGAAGAAGUAACAGAAGAAUAUUUCACUAUUGCAAAUAAUGAUGGAAGUCAGCCUCCCGCUCUACACUGUGAUGAAAAAGAAAAUGAAAGUCUGGUACAACCUGUGAAUAUUCCUGAUAGUCAGAUAAAUCAAGACACUCUACAGUUCAAACACUUUGAUCCUUUCAUACUGGAUAAAGAAGAAAGGGGCUUGAAAGAGCUGUUGUUUAUUACAGAUGAGGGAAAUCAGCUGGCUCCACAGAAUCCUUUUUCAGAUGAGCACCGAGGUAUGCUGGAUACAUCAGUGCAAGAAAUCACAGUACUGGAGCUACCAAAAGACAGUGACGGAAAUGCAAGUCUCAUUCCUCAAAAACAGCAAGAGGGCACCUAUGAAAGAUUAGAAGUGCACAAGUCCCUGCCAGGUCCUUUCACUGUUGAAGACUUAUCAUAUGAAAUGACAGAGAAGUCAAGUCCAGGGUGGAAUAUAUUAGUUGCCCAAACAGCACUUGUCCCAGAUAUUUUACAGGAUAGCACACAAGAAAGUAAUCAGCUGUUUUCAGUGGAACCUGACCUGUGGACUAAUGCUGAGCAGAUUGUCACUUUUAAAUCAGAUGGUGAAAAUCCAGAUAUAUUAAGUCAUUGUGACCAAGACAAUAGUUCAGAGGCAUCAAGCAGUCCUGACGUGUGCCAAGAGUAUGAGGCUAAGCAUGCCUCUAUCCCGUCUUCUCAGACUGGGGGGGAGACAGAAGACAAAGAUAGCCUGCCAAUUUGCACAUGGUCAAAUAUUAGUAAAGAGGCAGAUUAUGUUUCAAAGUGUCAGUUAGUAACGCAGAAAGUAGAGACGCAGGCUGAAAGUCGUAGCCCCCAGGUCUAUGAACAGGGAAAGAUUGAUGAAUCCUAUCAGCUAAUCUCUUCUAAAACUCAGGAGCCUCCUGAAUUUGCAACUUUGGAAGAAUAUGGUCUAGAAAAUAAACUUGUUACUGACCUAAUUGAGUCAGCCGAAAUUACCAGUAAAGUUUUAGAAGUGAGGUCCUUAGAUCUGCAAGACGUGUUCCAUGGAAGUUUUACUCCUGCAAGCCAUCGAGGAACACCAGCUGAUACAGCUCAAAUAGCAACCUCUCAAAUGCAUUUGGUUCCCAUGGAUUUCACUCUACCUGAAAGGGCAGAACAAAGCAUAAAAGAAGCUAGUGCCUUGGCCAAAGUUGGAAAACAUUCUGAUAUUGACCAUACGGCAAUAACUAGUGGUGAGCUAGACAAGUCAGAAGAAUGUGUGGAUGAAUCCGAGACAAGUGUGGACCAUAACAUCAGGAACACAUCAGCUGGCGUCCUGGCAAGCACAUGUUCUGAAAUGAACACACUGGCAGCAGUAGGCAGUGAAGCAGCAGAAGGGGAACCAAAGGAUAAACAGGUAUCCUUUCCCAAAUCGCUUCUGCCUGGUGAUAAUGAAGGCCAUGAAUCUGAUUCAGAUAAUCAGCUGGUUGAUGAUACUGCAAAAGAAUCUGAAGAUGUAAUUGGAAAUGACGUUCCCGUGUUUAAGGAAAUGCCCAGUGACCAGUCACCAGUGGUGUGUACCCCACAAUCCUAUGUAUCUUAUGAUGCUGAGCCUUCUGGGAGCAGCGAGUGUGCAAAGGAUGAGGUCUUGGUACAGCAGCCAUUGUGUGACAGUGCUUCUUUUGAAAAACGUUUACCACUGCCAACUCCUUCAGAAGGUGCAGAAGGCAUCCUAAUGACCAAAGACAGCAACAUUAAAGAUCAUGUGUCUGAAACACCCGCAGAGUGCCUUCUUGAAAAUCACACAACAGUACCUUCGCUCUCCGAGUCUGAAGUAACUCCAGGAGCUUCUGAGAUUUCGACAGAAAAAUCUGAAGCAGAAACAACUGAUCUCGACUCACCGCCAGGUGGAGAUAAGAGAUCACCUGAUGAAGCUGAUGCUGACUCCCUGCUUUGUAGGGAGCAUAUGCUGAGGAAUUCCUCUGAGAGCCCUGACCUGAAAAGUACAAAGGGUAGGGAAGAUGUGAAGGUGCACCAAGAUCCAGCUUCACUGGAGAUGGAUUACAUCCUUGUUACUGAGGAAGAAAGUACAUUUUCGACAAAGGAUAACCUUGAAAGAAAGGAAAGUGAAUUUGCAUUUCAAGAAGCUAAUGUACCUGAACAAACAGAAACUCAUGAUGGCUUUUCACCAGGUUACUUGGAUACCUGUCAGCCAAUCUCCAUUACAAAUGAAAGGGAAGAUCACUUUGUUUGUGGGACUGAAUGGGACUCUGUUCACUCGGAAGAGAAAAGUUCUUCUGUUGUGACUCAAAAACUGGAUGAUGAAAGGAGAUCACAGGAAAGCUGUGGGCAAGAUGAGGGAUGGAUUAUAUUGGGCCAAAAUGAAGUCAGUGACAUAUCACCUGAAGAAAUUUCUGCUGAGCCAAAAUCAGAGAUGCCAAAAUCAAGGUCUGAAUACUUUGGUGAAGAAUUGGCAGCUGUUGUAGCACAGGAAUUAAUACUUGACACUCAGGCAGAAUUUCAGGUAGAAAUUCCCCUUGAGAAAUCUUCUGAACAUGAGAGCUGUUCUCCUUCAAAUAGCCUGACUACCGAGGAGAAGAGUUCAGGCGUUUCAAGAACACAUGUGUUGCAGGUGGUUGGUGGUGAUGGUGAAUGGGAAUCAAAUUCUCAACAGAGACUUGGAAAUAAUAUAGCAAUAGAACAAGAAAUGAAGGAGGAAAUGGUGCUUCUCGACAGUGAAAGAGAACUGAGUCAAAAAUCAGGGUUGGUACAAGAGGAUGUGGGAAUGGACAUCUCCUUUGCUGAGGGUGUACUAAGCCCAAGUUCUACAGAGAUGAGACCUGAACCUCCCAAUUCUCUUGAUCUUAAUGGUUCCCAUCCCAGAAGGAUAAAGCUCACUGCUCCAAAUAUCAAUCUCUCUUUGGACCAGAGUGAAGGGUCUAUACUUUCUGAUGAUAAUUUGGAUACGCCGGAUGAAAUUGACAUCAAUGUAGAUGACCUUGACACUCCUGAUGAAGCAGACUCUUUUGAAUACCCUGGACAAGAAGAGCAGACUGCUACUAAGGAUGCUUCCCAGGAAGAGUCUGAAUCAAUUCCAGAGUACACUGCUGAAGAAGAGCGAGAAGAUAACAGGUUAUGGAGAACAGUGGUUAUUGGAGAACAAGAACAAAGAAUUGAUAUGAAAGUCAUUGAACCUUACAAAAAGGUCAUUUCACAUGGAGGAUACUAUGGUGAUGGUCUGAAUGCUAUCAUUGUGUUUGCAGCAUGCUUCUUGCCAGACAGCAGUCGAACUGAUUACAACUAUGUCAUGGAAAAUCUUUUCCUCUACGUAAUCAGUACCUUAGAGCUGAUGGUAGCUGAAGACUAUAUGAUUGUCUACUUGAAUGGAGCAACACCAAGAAGCAGGAUGCCUGGACUGGGUUGGAUGAAAAAAUGUUACCAGAUGAUUGAUCGACGGUUACGGAAGAAUUUGAAAUCAUUUAUAAUUGUUCAUCCAUCAUGGUUUAUCAGGACAAUUCUGGCUGUGACACGACCUUUUAUAAGCUCUAAGUUCAGAAGUAAGAUACAGUAUGUCAACACAUUGGCGGAGCUUCAUGAGAUGAUUCCAAUGGAAUAUGUGCACAUACCAGACAGUAUUGUCGAGUAUGAUGAAGAGAGGUGUAUUAAGAGAAGAAUGAGAUUGGAUGAAGAGCUGAGGGAAACUUCAGAAACAACUAAAACUAGCUGCCUUUCAAAUGAUCCAGAAAUUACUUCAGUGGAGCAAGACAUUGACAUGACCCUGAAAUAAAAACCAUCAUUGCCAGGCAUUUGAAGAAGAGGGUUCACUUGGAUUUUCAUCACCCAGACACUUGUGACCAAGGUGUACAGCAGGCAAUUUGGGUUAAUUUUGUUUGUUUUACAAUUUUUCCAUGUCAUUCAGCAAUUCAAGACCACCAAAAGGGCCAAUUCUGUUGCUAUGGAAACAGCAGAAUUUGCGGCCUGUGUUGUUAUCAGAAAUGGAAUUUUCAUUAGAAAAGUUGUAUCAUCUAGCAUUGGUUUUGAUGUGUGUGAGCAAUUUCUGUUUAAAAGGAUACAAUUUUAACGACAGCGUGGCUCAUCAACAAGUCAAUAGAGGAUAUGGAUUUUUGUUUCAUUUUUAUCUUCAGCAUAUUAAUGUUUAUGCAUAGCUGAACAGAACAGUUAUUGUUACAAUAAAUUUUAGCUUGGUUGUGUCACAGAGCAGCAGCAACUGUGUUAUUUAAGAAUAAUAGAUGCAGAUUCUAGAAAUGAUGCAGACCUUUCUUGAAUUUGUUUGUUUCUUGCUGUCUGAAACGUCUUUCCAUGUUCAUUUAAUGACUUUUUUAUUUGGUCACAGAAAAGACAUAUACUAAAUAAAAUAAUAAUUAGUCAUAGACUUCCCAGAGGACAAACUGAAAUUAAUUUUAUUUUAAUAAUUUAGUUUAGUAUCUUUAUUUUAGUUUUUAUAGAAGCAGCUAAUCCUGUAAAUGAUUGUCAUAUAUUCUAAAAGCCUUGGACUAUUAAUUUGAAGUUGUUGUUUUCUAAAUCUGUUUUUCUAGAUUUUUUUUUAGGUUACAAGUCUUUGAGUGGCAUCCUAACUCCAAUUGUAAAGGCUAUUAAUGCUAUGAAUAUGAAACAGCUACUUAGUAUUUUCUUCUAAAACUGAAGAUUAAAUGUAUAAAUCUGCAGUUGGGAGUCACACUCAUUUGUUAGGAAUAGAUGUCCAAGUAGCAUUCAAAAUGUAUCUAAUAUAAAAACACCGGAGUGUUACAAUGCAGUUUAUUGUCUGUGUCACAGAACAGAACAGUGAAAACAUGAAAUUAAGAAAAACACUAAGCAUUUCUUGUUUGCUGCUGUCCCGUGUACUGGCACAAAAGACACUGCAGUAAGUCCUCAUAUUCACUGGAAAAUAACUUCAGUCUCUCAGACCAUUCUUUUGCAAGAGAGUGCAAAUUAAUUGUUGAAUAAAUUCCACUUGUCUGCUUUAAAAUGACAAGAGCCAAGAAUACGGCUAAUGCUUUGUCUUCCCCUUAACGAACACACACAUGCACUUCCCAAACCUGCGACUCACCUGCCUUUUGGGGUUUCCUAAUAGAAUUAAUAGUGUUAUUCAGUCUCUGAAAUACUAUCUUCACAAGACUCUCAUAUACCCUAGAAUUACGUCUGUGGAUUCUGUACUUCGUCUGUAAAUAUGUCUAAGGUAAAUAAGACCUUAGACAUAAAAAUUCAAGAUAAUUUGCACCUUCUUUUUAUGCGUACACUAACUCCAGUCCUGCUUCCAGACCAGAAUUAUUAAUGAAAGAAAAGGCAAGCAAAAGUUUUCUUGGGGAUUAAAGUUUAAGCAAAAGGCAGGACAACAUGAGCCUUGCUUUUUUCAGUAGGAUCUAAAAUGAGAGUGAAAAUUGUAUUUAGUCCUUUAUUUAAAAGAUUAAUAUUUUUGUUCUGUGGUUUGCACAUUUCCAUCUCUGUCAAUUUGUAUCAUCUUGUAUUUGCUAGGCUGCAAGCAAGAAAGCAAGCAUCAUCAUUGUGUGCACAGUUGUUCAGCUGCUGUAGUGAAGAUAUUAACAAAAUUGUCAGAAAGGCAAGAAUUUGCCAAAUGCUUUAUUAUCUGCUGGCAUCAAAACUGAAAUACCUGCACCUCUGCAGUCCUUGCUCUAUACUGACAAGUAUACACAGUCACAGUAGCUAGCCUGCUGUAUUGCAUCUUUCUGUCAGUUCCUGUUAAUUUUCACAGAGGAAGGGCCUAAUCCUGUGACUAUUGCUGUUGCUCUAUAACCUUGCCCUGAACUAGGAUCUGGUAGGUUCCACCUUUUCUCAGAUAUUUGAAACUUGGCUUGUGUCUGCCUUAUAAAAGUGCCGUCACUUAGUAUUAUUGGGGAUAAUGUUUUAUGUACAGGUUAAUAUUUGUAUUAACUUCCAGAUGCGAAUUAAGCUUCACCUAGAUCUAAACUAUUAAAAGCAUUUAGUAGCAUGAAGUCACAUCUUCUGUAGACUUGUAGUUUAAGCCACCUAGAAUGAGCCAGAUGACUUGUGUUAUGCUGUAAGUGAGAGAAAGUGUUAGCUAAAGGAGUUCGCCACAAAGCAGAAGUUCAGCACAAAUGUUUAUGCACUGUUUGAGACCUAAAUGGGGUAUAUGAGAUUUGUGUUCUUAGUGCUGGAUGUCAGCUCAGAAAUGAGUUUAAUUCUAAAGGCUUCGUGUGAAAUUACUAAACAGCAAAGCUAUUAUACGAAUUAAUAUGAUUAAUAUGGGCGGACUAAUAGUGGCAGCCUGCGACAGAAGGAAUUUGUUUAAACCAAAUGGCUUGUUAAAACAAAAUGGUGCAUCAAUGUGUUGGUGCAAAAAAUGGUUGCAAAGUCAAGGUGUGGUUAUCUUUGCUUAUUAAUAUAUUUUGAAAAGUUUUUUAAUGUUAUGAUAUGGCAGUUCUAUAUUAUAGUAACAAUAGUGUGUCAAUAAAUCAGUAGGUAGUUGAAAGAUUAAUAUAGUACGUAUAACUGCACAGAUACAUGCUUUUAUAUAUGGAUUUUUUCUACUGUGUAUCAGAGUGCUCAGAUGAAAUAUAAAUUAAUAGUUGCAUUUUUUGUUUGUUUGUUUCUUAAAAGACCUAUGCUGACUUAUAGAUUAAGCAAUACAAGGAUAUCUAAUAUCAUUGUAUGCGUAUAUAUACAUAUGAAUCAGAAAUAAAGAACUGCAACCCAC